AUGUCUUCGCUGAAAUACAGCCCUCCCGGAAAGCCUCCAGGUCCUCUCAAAGAUACAUCGUCGAAGUUAGUUAAUGAUGCUCGUCAUCCUUGGAAGCCAGUUCGUCCAAGUGAUCAACGUGGGCCGUGCCCCGGUCUCAAUACUCUUGCAUCUCAUGGAUGGCUUCCCAGGAACGGCAUCGCCACUCCUGCACAAAUUAUUACAGCUGUUCAAGAAGGAUAUAAUAUGGAAAAUGAUCUUGCUAGAUUUGUCACCUAUGCGGCGCAUUUGGUUGACGGAAAUGUUGUGACCGACCUCCUCAGCAUUGGCGGGAAGUCCAAGCUUACGGGACCUGCACCUCCCCCUCCUGCGAUUGUUGGAGGUCUCAAUACCCAUGCUGUUUUUGAAGGAGAUGCGAGCAACACUCGAUCCGAUGCAUUUCUCGGCAAUAAUCACGAGUUCAAUGAAACUUUGUUCGACCAGCUCGUAGGAUACGCCAACAAAUACGGCGCCGGAAAGUACAACGUCACAGUGGCUGGCGAGUUCAAGUGGAGACGUAUUCAAGAUUCUAUCGCCACAAACCCGGAAUUCAAUCUCCUUUCCCCUCGAAUCUUUACGGUAUACGCUGAGGCCGUGUUUCCCAUCAACUUCUUCAUUGAUGGGCGCCAGACAGACCGCCAACUUGAUCUCGAUGAUGCUCGCAGCUUCCUGCAGAAUAUGCGCUUCCCAGAUGAUUUCCACCGCCGAAAUGGUUCUAUUGGCGCAGAUGAGAUGAGGGAUAUUGCCGCCAUACACCCGAUCAAUCCCGGCAGGAACGUGGGCAAAGUCAACAACUAUGUCGAAGAUCCUACCUCUGCUGGCCUUGCCGAUUCGUGCAAGCUGUACAGCAGUUUCGUCACAGAUAUUGUCCAGAAGUUGUACCCCGCACCCACCGGAAACUUACGCAAAGCCUUGAAAAUUAAUUUAGACUACUUCUAUAACAGUAUCCCGGUGACUAUACCUGGAUGUGCCCAGGUCUUUCCCUAUGGAUCUUGA